AAUUCAUACUGACUCUACUCUUCUCUCUCUCUCUCUCUCUCUCUCUCUCUCUCUCUCUCUCUCUCUCUAUCUUCUUCAUUUCCGGAUUGUAGCUGUCCCCGCAGAUACUUAAUAAUUUCCUCUCGAUUAUUUGAGGUGUUUUGGUUUUUCUCAAGCUACCUAGCUAAGACCACGUCGCACUUCUUUUUUAAUUUUAAUUUUUUUUUACUUAAUUAGCUAGCUAGGUUUCGAGGGUAGCUAGCAAGGAGUGAGAGUUUAACAGUAUUGUUGAGGAAUUGGUUUGUCUGUCGAUUAUAUAUAGAUGGCGGCUGCUUCUUCAUCGCUGGCCUUCUUUGGGAGUAAUAGCAGAGAAGAAAAUCAAAACCAGCUGAUGUCGUCGCUACAACAACCAUCGCCAGCUUCCUCAACUGCUCCAAUUUCUACCACUACACCCACUGCACCUCCACCAAAGAAAAGAAGAAAUCAACCCGGAAAUCCAACAGAUCCAGAUGCGGAGGUCAUCGCACUAUCUCCCAAGACCUUAAUGGCAACAAACAGGUUCAUAUGUGAGGUGUGCAACAAAGGGUUCCAAAGGGAGCAGAACCUACAGCUCCACAGAAGAGGACACAACCUGCCUUGGAAGUUAAAGCAGAAGACUAACAAAGAACCCAAGCGCAAGGUCUAUCUGUGCCCCGAGCCCACCUGCGUCCACCACGACCCAUCUCGAGCCCUCGGAGACCUAACCGGCAUCAAAAAGCACUUCUCGAGAAAGCACGGCGAGAAAAAGUGGAAGUGCGAGAAGUGCUCCAAGCGGUAUGCUGUUCAAUCCGAUUGGAAGGCUCACUCUAAGACUUGCGGCACUCGAGAGUACCGCUGCGACUGUGGUACUCUCUUCUCCAGGCGGGACAGUUUCAUCACGCAUAGGGCCUUCUGUGAUGCACUAGCUCAAGAGAGCGCAAGGCAUCCUUCAAGCUUAAGCGCCAUGGCUACUAGUUCUCAUCUCUAUCCAGGAAAUAACCAAAUGAUGAGCUUAGGCCUAUCCCAAAUGGGUGGCGGUUCCUCCCUCCCACCUAAUAACAUGUUGAGGCUAGGGACUAAUGGUGCUGGCGGUGCUGCGAAAUUUGAGCACCUCAUGAAUCCUUCCUCAUUCGGACAAGCGCAGCCUAUACCUAAUUCUUCGACUACUUUCUUCAAUCAAGGGUUUCAGGAUCAGCAACAUUCUCUGAAUGGACCAUAUGCUGCUAACAAGUCGUUACAUGGGCUAAUGCAACUUCCUGAUCUCCAAAGCAACACUCCUAGUAACAACUCGCCCUCAUCAACUACUACUGCUGCCGGUAGUCUCUUUAACCUCGGCUUCUUUUCGAGUAAUAAUUCUGAUCAUCAUCAGUUUAGUGAUGGAAAUGGUGGCACCCAAGGGACGACGCUCUUUCCGAAUGGUAUGGCUGAUCAUAUUGGCUCGGGGCUACCAUCCAGCCUCUUCGGGAAUUCCUUACAACAUGAGAACAUGAACGGUGCACAUAUGUCUGCCACCGCAUUGCUUCAGAAAGCCGCUCAAAUGGGUUCAACUACAAGCCCCGAAAGCUCAUCUUUGCUAAGAGGAUUAGCCGGGAGUACUUCCUCAAGUACAAGAGCAGUAGCAAAAUCCAUUUCCGGUCGGCAACUGGUCUCUUCUAACUCUACUAUCGGUGGUGUCAGCUUUAGCCGCGAGAGUAGUAGCGGUGGUGAACAUGAGCAACACAUGAGAUCACAGCAGCAGCAUGUGGAAAAUGAAAACCACCAUCUUCAAGGAUUAAUCAUGAACUCUCUUACCAAUGGAAACAGCUCCGCGGCCUCCAUUUUCGGAUCAGCUGGGGAUCAUCAUAACAACUUUGGUACUCAUGGGUUUGCCAAUGGCAGUACUACUAGGGUUUCUCUGAUGGAUCAGCAGCAGCACAACAACACAAACUUUAGCAACGUGGAUGAGGCGAAAUUAACCUUGGAUUUCCUUGGCGUUGGAGGGAUUGUAAGAAACAUGGGUGGUGGUGGUGGUGGAUAUGAGCACCGUGGCAUCAAUAUGAGCUCUUUAGACCCAGAGUUGAAGUCAUCGCAACAGCCAAGUCAACCCUAUGGAGGCACUAGUGCACUGCAAUGAGACUAAUAAAUUAAGUUCAUAUAUAUAGAUGAGACCGAUCGAGUGCCUGUUUAAUUGAUAUGUAGGAGCAAAGUACUCGCUAGCUAUGAACUAGUGCCUUGACCCCCAAGCAUCAGGGUUUCGUUAAUUUAUUUCUAUAUGUGCACGCCUUAAGGCUUACACUUGAUGAUCCACUUAAUUUCAGUACUCUUUGCUUAGACA